AUGGACCAGCGAAGACCGCCGGAAUACAGGCUCGAUGUCACAGCAGACCGCUCGAAUGUGAAGGAUGUAGUCAAAGGCAUCCUCCAUACCAUCUUCUUCCACCGCUACUUCACCCCUCUCUACCCAGCAACCCACGAAAUCCUCGACCUCACCCUCCCCUUCGUCACCGAAGACGACAUCGACACUCUAAUCGAAACCCGCACAAGCUCCCUCCUCCGCCAACUCGACUCGCAAUCGACUACAACUACUUCUACUACAACCACAACAACCACAACACCACCAGCCCCAACAACAACAACAACAACUUCUUCUCCACUCCAACCCUCCUCCCCCCGCCCCACCCACGCAACCCUCACCCUCCAAUUCCUCGAACGCAAACGCCGUCGAACAUGGUUCAUUCAAAAACCCGACGAAGAAACUCCCUGGGAGACAUGGAUUCUCAGCGUCAGCGUCACGAGCGCUCGAAGUGAAGGCGAAGCGCAAAGAAAUCGUUUACACAUGACGAGGAGUUUGGAAAUGGCUGCGUGCAAAAUUGUGCAGAUUGUGAAUUUGCAGAGGGGUCAUAUUCCGCCCAUUACUACGACGGAGAGUAAUCCGUUUCCGUAUGAUUUGAAGAUUAAAAUGGGGGGUGGGAAUAGUGGUGGGGGAGGAGGAGGAGGUGGUGGUGGUGGUGGUGGUGGAGGUGGAGAUCAGGAAGGGUGGGGUGGGAAGAUGGGUAUCUUUUUGAAUAAUUGA